UCAAUCGCCUGCUACCAGAUGAAGGCUCCUUACCCAGUAGACCCCCCCCCAAAAAAAGGCCCACAGGAAGUUUUCUUUCCAAAAACCUGUCAGCCUAUAACUUUGCUGUGCACAGACUACAAUAUAUCGUCUCUCGUUCCCAUCACCUUCUUUUUUCCUCAUGUAUCUUUGAAAGCACCUCACAGCUUAGCACUGCCCAGCAUGGGCCUGUAGCCUGGUUCUAUCCCAGAGCUCCCGGCUCUUCAAAUGAAACUGCACAACUCUGUUACUCCCCAACUGCCAACGGAACAGUUCUUUCAUACUCUAUGACCCAUCCUCCUGCGAAAUGAAAAGUACAGCCUUGUAUAUGCACACACACACAGGUAGAUGCACCCAUGCAUAUUCUAUACUAUACUACUGUAGGAGCUUAACAACAAGGAAUAUCUAUGGAAAGAUUGCAUACAUACUUGUUGGAUAAUUAUACACUCAUACAUAGACACACACCAACAGACACAAUGAAUAUUGCAUUUUGGAGGUGAACAUAUUCACACAAACUCAACCGUGCGUUCUCACAACCAAAUGACUUGUAUGAUAUAUGGUUAAUGAACAUAACACAACAAGUGAUUGUUUAUCCAUAAACUGAAAAACAAACUGUUUUUUUUAGAUAACUGUUUUCAGCAUGAUUCUGUGGUACAUGUAACAUUGUAACAUUGUAACACUGACGAAAGGUAAAAGAAAAACAAACAUCCCAAAUGUACAGUACACGCCCAGCUUCCAUCGCCAGCAUGUGUGGUGAAGGUGGCCAUUUUUGCCAGUGUCCAUGUAUGCAUGAUGACUUUUGAUGACAUGGAGCACGUUUGGCAGAAUGAUUGGUUCGGACAAAGUCAGGGUUGUGUUCAGUGGGCCCGAAAUGAAAGAGAACAGACCAAAACCAGGAGUUACAAUCCAAACUUGUCCAAUAAGAAAUGCUCCUUUUUGUUUUUCAGCCUAUUAAACACAGCCUAGGUGUUUUUCUCUGUGUUUGGUUGGUGAAAGCUCACUGUACACAAACCCCCCAAGGGAACUUCAAUCAACACAGGAAUUCCUUAUUAAAGCGCUGAUUCAUCUUCCUUUUUUCUCUCUUUGUGGAACUAAUGUUGACAAGGAAUGAAGGAAUAUUCUCCAGAAUUUCUCUCACUUAAGUUCUGAGGGUAGGAGGCCCUUUUCAAGCACGCCUGAAUGUAUUUAGCCGGUCCCUACCCCUUGACCCAAACCCUUCAAUGGGCCGUGCAUCCUGUUUUGUGUGAGCAGAGGGUGUUGAGAGAACCUAGAUAAGCAUCAUGUGGAGCAUCAUGACUUUCGCUGACCCACCUGGGAAAGGCCUGUUUCCCAUUGGAUGCUCCACAGAGAAAAUACUGCUAAUCCCAAGCAGCUGUUUUUGUGUGUGUGUGUGUGUUUGUGUGUGUGUGUGUGUGUGUGUGUGUGUGUGUGUGUGUGUGUGUGUGUGUGUGUGUGUGUGUGUGUGUGUGUGUGUGUGUGUGUGUGUGUGUGUGUGUGUGUGUGUGUGUGUGUGUGUGUGUGUGUGUGUGUGUGUGUGUGUGUGUGUGUGUGUGUGUGUGUGUGUGUGUGUUAACAGAGGAGCUACUGAAGCUGCUAUGGGAAAACAAGGUUGAUAGGGCAUUGGUAUAGUGAUGGUCCAGAAUCCCCUCCACCUCCCAGCCAAGGUCACAUAUUGGUGCAUUCCACAGGUGUGCUUAUGCUGUUACUAUUCUGCUAUUACACUCACCCUCUUAGCUACAGCAUCUGCUCUUCUCUGUCAACUUAUUGUCUUUUUAUCGCCCCCUUUUCUUCACUUUUUCUCUGUCUCAGACAGACAGACAGACAGACAGACACAGACACACGCACAUAUGACUCAUUCUCUCUCUCUCUCUCUCCUUCUCUCUCUCUCUCUCUCCUUCUCUCUCUCAUUCUCUCUCAUACAUACACACAAUUCAUUAUUUCUCUCUCUCUCGCACACACUCACGGCUCAUUCUCUCUCUCUCUCUCUCUCUCCCAUUCUCUCUCAUACACUCACGGCUCAUUCUCUCUCAUACACACACGGCUCAUUUUCUCUCUCUCUCUCUCUCUCUCUCUCUCUCUCUCUCUCUCAUUCUCUCUCUCCCAUUCUCUCUCAUACAUACACACAACUCAUUAUUUCUCUCUCUCACACUCAUGGCUCAUUCUCUCUCUCUGACACACACACUCACGGCUCAUUCUCUCUCUCUCACACGCACGCACGCACACACACACACACACAACUCAUUCUCUCUCUCUCACAUAUGCUCAUUCUCUCUCAUACACACACACAACUUAUUCUCUCUCACACACACACACACACACACACACACACACACACACACACACACACACACACACACACACACACACACACACACACACACACACACGUCUCAUUCUCUCUCCAUCUCUUUGUCACUAUCUCUAUCCCACUCUCUCACCCCCUCGUUUCCUGGCUUGUAAUUCUUAAUUGGCUGAAGCUAAGCACAGACAAACAAACAUAUGGUACAGUGAUAAUGGCACAUUACAGUGAUAAUGUUUUUUUUUUAACCAAAUCUGUCUGCUGCCACUUCCACCCAAGAGAGAGACGCAUCGAUCACCUGGUAUCAUAUAACAACCCAAUGAUGGGAGGGUUGAUUUCCCAUCAGUGGAGGCAAAGACACUGAGGCACCACUCUUCCCAUCAGGGAGACAUUUAAUUUUUAAAGCCUCUUGUUGGACAGAGCUGGUGUUCCAUGGCCUCUGGUUGGUUACUUCCGAUGUCUACUGUAACUGCUGUCAUUGGACCUUCUGAAUUGCUAUGCCCUGAAAAGCAGGAGUCGGUUCAGAAGGGUACAAGGCUAGGAUUAAGAUAGAAAUGUGUUGUGUAUCUUGAGUUGAGAUGAAUUAGACUGCAACCCUGAAAGUCCAGUUGCAAUGUCAUUACAAAUAAUGCUGUGUAGUUUGCAUAUAGUAUAUUAACUACAGGUUGUAGGAUACACCAUAGGGUAAAUCUUUCGACUGUUUCUGACGAUUGUGUGAUAAGACUGUUGAAGCUGAACAUACAAAGGACGCUCCAAAAAAGUCUUGUUUGGCAGCUUUUUGUUUUCCCACUGCUCCCUCUCUUAUCUGGCUCGACAGAUCAGGUCAUUCAUUUUCCCACUGCUCCCUCUCUUAUCUGGCUCGACAGAUCAGGUCAUUCAUUUUCCCACUGCUCCCUCUCUUAUCUGGCUCGACAGAUCAGGUCAUUCAUUUUCCCACUGCUCCCUCUCUUAUCUGGCUCGACAGAUCAGGUCAUUCAUUUUCCCACUGCUCCCUCUCUUAUCUGGCUCGACAGAUCAGGUCAUUCAUUUUCCCACUGCUCCCUCUCUUAUCUGGCUCGACAGAUCAGGUCAUUCAUUUUCCCACUGCUCCCUCUCUUAUCUGGCUCGACAGAUCAGGUCAUUCAUUUUCCCACUGCUCCCUCUCUUAUCUGGCUCGACAGAUCAGGUCAUUCAUUUUCCCACUGCUCCCUCUCUUAUCUGGCUCGACAGAUCAGGUCAUUCAUUUUCCCACUGCUCCCUCUCUUAUCUGGCUCGACAGAUCAGGUCAUUCAUUUUCCCACUGCUCCCUCUCUUAUCUGGCUCGACAGAUCAGGUCAUUCAUUUUCCCACUGCUCCCUCUCUUAUCUGGCUCGACAGAUCAGGUCAUUCAUUUUCCCACUGCUCCCUCUCUUAUCUGGCUCGACAGAUCAGGUCAUUCAUUUUCAUUUGAACUUUCAUUGUCUUUUUUUGUUUCGAUCCUCAGUUUUCACAGUUUACCUUGCUACUCUGUAGGUUACGUGAUAAAAUUGCAAAGCUGGGGAAAUCCUAUAACACUGAUCAUAGCAACAUUUUCAUUUGCUUUUACUCAUUAGACCACAGAGGUCCAUGACACGUCUUCCUAAAGCUGAGAUUGGAGUGAGUAAAAAUAACAAAAAUAUAACAGACACAAAAUAAUUUAUGAAUCAUGAUUUCCAUGUGGAAAUAUCAAAAUAUAUAAAGACAGACUUAAAUACGAUGCACAUGCGUCUCGAUUAUGGCAGUAUCAGUGAUAGCAAUACUAUACUGCAGUUCAUGGUCUUGUAUCACCAGGAAAAUGUCUGCAAUGCAGAGUGGUGUGAUGAGAUCCAUCAAGAUCUCCAACUGCACUGAAGAUCACAAAUAUGUUAUUGAACUAACGUUUUUUUAGUUUUUCCUCUCUUCAGAAGGAAACAAAAUAAGAUUUGAACAGCAUUUCGGGAUUAAUUAGUUACUGGAUAUUGAUCUGAACAAAAAACAUGAAGAGGUGAUAGUCAGCCUGCCAAUCGUACAAAAACAUGAGUGAGGUUAGGUCUACAAACCACGGUUUGUGUUUAAUUGAUAUUUCAGUGCCAAGGCAGGAGUAGUUUUGAUCAUCUGUACACAGAGCUGCUAGUAUUUGAUUGUUCCACAUUGUAUUAUGACUAUGUUGAAGAAGCCACAUGAGAAUUACUGAGGUGAGAUGAAAUUAAAGAGAGUCAGAUAUGGAAAUAAA